AUGAGGUCAACCGUAGCCUCCAGAUUCAAACAGCUGCCACAGAACUCCCCUUUGUCCCAGUUCCUGACGCGACACGAUGACUCCCAGUGUCGUGGUUUCAUAACACGACUAGAUAGAUCGCCACUCGCAACGAAGAGACUCGCUUUUCUUCAAGCGCUCCUCUUGAACGUCGUCGUCCUCACUUUCGUCAUUGUAUUCGCAUGGAUGACGAUCUUCCGAGACAUCCUAUCCCCCUUACCAACACCUUUGCGACUUGCGCUCUGCAUUACUCAAGACCUCCUCAUCGCAUCUGCAAUUCUUGUCCUCAUUCGAUCAACGACGAUUCCUUUCUUCCUUGGAGAAUGUCGCCUUCGUCUCAUGUAUGGUUUCCGCCUCUCCGAAAUCGUCAUCCGCAAGCCACCGACCACAACAUCGAUGCUCAACGAGAGGGUCCCGGAGGAUCAACGGAUGGAGCGUUCUUGGCGAAUGGCAAUCAGGGCGGUCGACCCACGGUUGUUGUACUCGAACGCCAGCGGUAUCCUAUCUACCGAUUAUUGGACGGUCGAGUAUGGCGCCGUUUUCGACGCUAUGCGAAAGAUAGCGGCAUCCGAAUUUGAAGAAGAGGACCUUGAGUUCGCUGUUUGGAAGCAGGACAGUGGCAUUUGGCAUUCAAGUGAGCUAUGGAGGAUGCACGAGAUAAUGUCGGCUCAGCAGGAGGUCGAAAUGUUCAAGAAAUUCCUGACCCGAUCAGGCAAAGAAGGGCUUUUGGCCAUCUGGCAAGAGAUGCUGUCCAGCAAUCCCGGCGAAACGAUCGAACGUUCGGCCUCGCCGAAAGCAUAUCAGGUCAUGGUCGACAAGUUUGCAAGGGAGGGUCUCGACUACGAAACUGUGUGGAGUCAAGUUUCUGAGAAGACACUUUCCCAAUGA